AUGGACGAUGGAGGACUCUACGACGCUGGUAAUGGGGGAACAGCGGGGGAGGAGCAGGUGGGGGCUGCUGGGGGACGAGCAGUCGCUGAGGCUCGGAGAAUCAGCAUCACAGCAUGCUGCUGUUACCACGGCUACAGUGACAUGUGGGCCAACUGCAGGUGCCGGGCCGACAACAGUGAGGCCCAAUUAGAGACCCUGGGGGAGGAAAGUGUCCUGUUUGUCAUGGACUGGAAGAGCAACCUGAGACGCACCCAGUCGCUGAAGAGCGUCUCCUCGUCAUGUGACAAACCCACCAGGACAGAGGCGGGACUGCAGGACAAGAUAACAUCUGUGUCCCAGCUCGUUUCCCGGUAUCAAACUACAAAGGAAGUCAGUGCAUCAACUCAAGCACCUUCUGUAAAUAAUGGUGAAGUUAAGCUGAAGCAGGUGUUUAAAGAGAUAACACCAUCUCUCGUGGAGAGUAGAGAGAUUUAUCCGGCAUCCCAGACAAAGAGAAGCUACGAGGGGGAACGGUCCCAAGCCAAACCCGGUUUGACACCCAGCAGGUCGAUGGGGAGCCUUCAGAACGGAGCCGGCUCCAUAGAGGCCCUGAAGGCUCGGUUUGAGUCAACACAGGACAACACUGCAACACAGGCCAGAGUGAAGAGCGGGUUCAGAGCGGCAGAGUUCACAUCACCCUACAAGGCAGAAGGUAUCACACCGCUGAUGAAUGGAGAGGCUGAGGAGGUGAAGAGGUUGGCGGAGGAACAGACGACAAGAAAUCCACCAGUUAAUGACACUGAUGCAAAGGAGGAUCAUGUGACUCGAAAGAAAGGAGAUAAGAAGACGGGCAGAACACGGGGAAGUGGAGUCUAUGAAAAGAGGUCGGUUGCAGACUUCAGAGACAGCUCCUUCCAAUCCAAGGAGAAACUGUCCGUCAAAGUGUUGUCUGCCCUCUAUCUAUCAAAGGUGGCACCACAAGAGCCAAAACUGGCACAAGAUCGAUCUCCUGAAUCUGGGAAAAGAGUGAAGAUAACCAAGAUGGCCGAAGACCCCCAACAAAGAAAAGAUGACCAUCCUCCACCUCCUUUACCCAGACAUCAGCCAGGACCAGCAGACAGUUCUGAGGAACGUUCCCAAAAAUCAAUGCCAGCCCAAAUUUCCAAAGAAAAGUUACACCAGCAGCGGCAGAAAUGUGAGCUGAAGAGACUCAUGAAGCACACCCACCCUGAGCUGAAGAUGCUGGAUGAAGCCGUUGACGAUGAGCUUGCUGAGGUCUUAAGCUCGGAGUCUGGGGUGACAGCUGGUGAAACUGGAUAUGAAGGAGAGGUCUUCUCAAGAUGCUUGAUAUUUGAGAACUGUGCCUUGAGUAACAAAGUAUCUCCUCACACCCCCAAGACGCACAUGGCAGACGGAAAAGUGGGUGAGGGUUUUGUCGGCAAAACAUCCGCUGUGUUUGAGGAGCAUGAAGAGAGGCCAUGUCAUGAAAGUGUUAAAGGGAUUGUGCAGGAUUACAAAACAUUUGGUUCUAGUCCAGAUCCUGACAGAGAGUGUGAGGAGGAGAUGAUAAGAAUAGAUGUGCAGGCUUCCAGGAGGAUAUUUGAGAGACAGUCUGUGAAAACAUCAAGGCCAAAUCCUGAUAAUAGGUUCCGAGGGCAAGCUUCUAUUUUUGGGGAAGAGAGAGGGCCAGUCCGAAAACAAAAACAAGAGUUUGAAAUGAGUUGCAAAGAGAACGUACACAGUGAAAACAAAGGUCUUGAUUUCACAGAUCAGCCACAUAAACAAGGGCCAUGUGUUCAUGUUGUAAGUGAAAGCACUGGACUUAAGUUUUCUGGUGGUGAAGACGUUUAUACUAAUGAAGCAGCCUUUGACAAUGACCCUACAAGUCCAACAGUUCAAGGGGAAUUUGAGGAAAUUAUCAAAACGGGUGCAGCUCUUUUAAAAAACAACCCAUUUAUCUCCACAAACAUAGACAGAGAAAAUCCAUCAAAAUCCCAAAUCCCAGCAAAUCCCAGCAAAGCAUCUGGGGAGCCCCCCAUAAGUAAUGUCAAGGACCGAGCCCAUCUGUUUGAAUCAAUGCCAUUUGACAAAAUUAGGCAUCAGAACAAGGACGAAAUUGAGACGAUGGUGGAGAACAUCAGGGAAACUCUAAAUUCCCUUUAUCGCGUUAAUGCCCUACAUUCAGAUGGAUCAAUCAUUGAGGUGAAUGAGACAAUGCUAGCGAAAAAGGCUAAAUUCACACUUUCAGAGAGUGGCCCUGAGAUAAACUAUAAUGAAUUGGCUGAAGGCGGUGCACAAAACUUCAUUGUCCAGCUGCUACCACGAGCAAACCUAAAGCCUCACAUCACUUACCUAAAGGAGGAUAGAAAAGGAUGGAUGGAGGCCACAGUGGUGAAUGUACCUGUGCACCAGGAUCAGUUCACUACUAGCCAAGACACAGAGUUUAAAACCGCCAAUGUAGUUCAGCUCGUUGAGGACAUUCUCCAUCAGGACAACUCUCUGAGGAAAGGAGUGAUCAUUCAGGAGGAUGCCAACAAAUGUGCUAACGUCAUGGUUUACUCCCUCUACAAUUAUGUUGAUGAGGAAGAUGUGAAAAGUUACACAGCUCCACCAAGACAUGCUGCGGAGUUUGAUGAACCCGAAACAAAGGAGAUUCAUAUAAGUGAAACAGAAAAUCAAGGACUAAGAAAAGGCAUCAUUGAAUCGACCAUAAGCUCCCUUCUAGAAAAUUCUCAAGACCAAACCUGCACCGGAUCAACCAGGCCUGAGGUCACAGUAAAAGGGAACGUUCAACUGUUCAAGAGUUGCAUUGAAAAGGGAGAUCUGGAGUAUUUGAAAACUCUUCAGGCUGAGCCAAUAGAGCAGGAACAAGAAGUUGAUCAGAACCAGACUCUGGCUGAACAAAACACACAGCUUCAUUAUGAACAGGGAGGUGAUCAUGCAGAGGAGAGUUCUAUAGAUUGGGUCCCAGUGGAUGUAAAGAGACUGAAAAGCAUGUUCUCUGUAGAUCGGCAAAGCCAAGCAAAGCAAAAUAUCCGUGAGAAUCGUGCUCCAUCUACCACCAUUUCUCACACAUGUACAGGUCAGAAUGUGCCACUUGGAAAGAGCCAAUCCUGUAAAGAAUCCAACAUUGGGGUACUUACGCCCGGGCAAAGAAAAGAUAACAUUCUGGAGUGUGGUGGCCAAGCGCAAGAAGAAGUUUGUAAUUUCCCAACUGCACCUCAGGGGUCUUAUCAACAUCUUGAGACACAGGAGGAUGAUAGGCUCCACCAAGCUCAGAUAGUGGGAGUGGUAGACAACAGCAAUGAAAUCUCAAACCUCCAAACUGCAAUCCACAGCCUUCAGCAGGCCACGAUAGAGGCCAAAUAUUUGUAUCACUCGUCACAAAACAAACGGAAAUGUGUUGUUCAACAGUCGUCCGGGAAACCCAUUGUCUCAGUUAUGGGCGGUGACGUCAAAGAAUUAUGUCGAGACAAUGAGGACCAAAAAGUGGACUCUGAACCAAAGAUGGAAGAAGUUCCAUCAGCCUCCGACUUCACUUCAGACAAAAAUACAGAGAUGUGUCAUGAUGGCAGUAAUUCUGAAGAGGUGCAAACUACUGAAACCCGCAGCAAACAGGGUCAAAAAUACACCAAUGUGGUCCAGAAAAACUUUGAAUCCAUUGCUGAUUGUUCGGACACACAACGUGAACAACAAGAGGAAGAUGAAGUCGUUUUUCAUGGUAAACUUCAACAAGCUUUGGCUUCCUUGGAGAGAUCCAACAUUAAUGUCACAAGAGGUGAUUUCAAAGCAGCUAUGAUAUAUAAAAACUCCUCCAGAUCUCACAAAGACAAAUCCAAGGCAUCUGUUCAGAAGCCCAUCACUGAGGAGCCUUGCCCUUUGACUGAAUCCAGCUCAACUCAUGUUCACUUGAGACAAGAGGACUCCGAAGAGCAAGUGACUGUGGUGAACGCAAAGCUCCAAAAUAAACCAGCAACAACUGCUGUCUCAGAGAAGAGCAAAAGACCUGUUGGUGUGAAACCAGCCAUCCCACCAAAACCAGAGCAUCUGAAAGUGAAACAAAUAGAUGAUCGAUCAACCAAAGCUAUAAAUCCUGAGGCAACACAAACAAAUGCUGCAAGAUCUGAAAUAAAGGGGCAAUCCAAAGAAGAAACUGUAGCUCAACCACUGACAACAUCAGCUUCUUGUAGCGAUGGACACAUGAAACACCAGUCCAAAAAAAAUAGUGGUGCAGACACAGGGUCAUAUUCAGGAAAUUAUAAAGGUGAAGCUAUUCAGAUAUCUCAGAAAACGAGUCAGUUCCAAGGCUCAUUUGAGAACACCAAUAAAAAUACUUUUAACAAACCAGAAGAGAUGAGUUCCACAGCAGAAAUGAAACCCCCUCACGAACAAAACCCUGUUAAAGAUAAUAUGAAUGAAAGUGAUGAAAGUCCUAUAAACUUUAAUGAAGCAUGCCAGAAAUUUGGAGGUAAAAAGUCAAUUUCAGUGAAGACUGCCCCUGUAAAGCCAAAAAGAGUAAAAAUUGCGCAUAUAGAUUCAAAACCACAACAAACUAUAACCAAUCCAUCUGACACUGGAACAAACACCAGUUUACAAACUGCUGACAAGCACGAGAGAGAAAUGAAACAAGAAAAUAAAGUUGAGAUGAGGGAAAAGAGAGGACGAACCGAGACAGAAGACGAGCGCCGACAGCGGCUGUCAGUUCACAUGGAUGAAAUCGUGAGAGGGAACAUGACAGCGGCCAUGGACAUUUUUGACAAUUUACGAAAGCAGGAGGAGCUGCAGAGCAUUCUCAGUCGAGUCGAAGAUAUCGAACAGGACACGAGCGAAGUUGACGUGAGGUCUCUGAGGAGUGUGUUUGAGGAUGUCCCAGACUGGGUGGUCAGUUCCGACAAAAAGAAACUAAAAAAGGUCAAAGUGGAACACAAAGAGGAGAAGUCACCGUUGAAGGACGACCCUCAAAGCAAAUCCUCAAUGGCUCAUAUUUUUGGAGAUCUUGAGAGAGCCAGCGAGGAAAUCAUGACUCUAAAAGAGCAGACCAUAGCCAAACUUUUGGACAUAGAGGAAGCCAUAAAGAAGGCUCUUUAUUCUGUCUCUACGUUGAAAUCAGACUCAGAUAUUGCUGGUUUAUCAUGUCUCUUCAAAGAAUCCUUGGGGACGAUGCAAGGAGCCCCAUCCACUGGAAAUAUUAGCAAAAUUAGCAUCGGGUCAAGCAGAACAAAAUUACCGCAGGCACAGGAAAACCCUACCACAAAGGAAAGCCCAACUGGGCAAGGUGCAAGCAAUGCAGAAGCCUCUUCAAAACAGCAAGCAAGUCCACCAUAUUCACCUGCCUUCAUCUCCAUACAGUCAGCCACAAGAAAAAUGGAUAAAACGGAUGUGGUUCCAGCCGAGACCACAAUCUGCCCGACGUGUCAGCAGAGCCCAAAGUCGGAGGAGAAGUUCCGCACAACAAAGACGCUGACGUGCAACAGUCCGGCCCAAAACAGAAAGAUGGACCCCAGAAAGCGAGGUCAAAAACAGCCAUCUCACAGCCCACUUGACCCUAAACGUGAGCUUAGUGUACUCGAGGUGCAGACGGACCACGAGGGGAAAAGUAUUAUAGGAACCAAAACUAUCAAAGAAAACUACGAGCAGACGGAUGACUUUGGGAACCGGAUUUACUCAUCCACAACUUCCACUGUAGUCACCACGCAGCCAGAAACCAUGACAUCAUCCACAGGUCCGGCAGUGGUCAGUCCGACGACAUGUCAGGUCACAACAUACCCAGAAGUUCGGCUGCCAAUCAAUCACGAAAGACUCAAAUCUACCUUUUAUCAUCAGUUUCAACCAACUUGUCGAGAGAUGUGCUCUGCCUGUCUGAAGCCGGUUUACCCCAUGGAAAAAAUAAAUGCAGAUAAAUACAUUUUUCACAAAACCUGCUUCGUUUGUAAACAGUGCAAGAAAAAGUUAAGCAUGUACAAUUACACACCUUUGCAUGGGGAGUUCUACUGCAUAUUUCACUACCAACAACUGUUCAGAAGAAAAGGGAAUUAUGACGAGGGCUUUGGACACGUGCAACACAAGAACCAGUGGCUUCUGAGGAAUACUGCAGGCGUGGUGCAUAAUGAAUCUGAAGCUUAAACAUACAGUGUAAACCUGAUGAUACGGUGACUGUGACAACAUGAAAAAUCUUAUUGAGGAUGUGUUUGAGGCACCAUGUGAUGCUGUGUGUGUUCAUCUAUGUAACGGUGAUGAUUACCUGUGUGUUGACACAUAACCUACAAUUCAUUUGCAAAGAAAUGCUUUAAUAAUUGUAAGAAACUUUGCAGUGUAAGACAGAUGCUGACACCUGCACUGUUAUUAAAUGAAUCACUUUUCAGAUAUUUUAACAAAAUACAGCAAAACAUUCUAUAUAAUCUGUAACAAAGAAGGAUUUUAAUCUAAAAUUAUUUUUAACUUCAAAUACCAUCAAUUGUGUCGAGAUUGUACAUUGGCUGAUCUUCCAGUAUGACAGAAACAUUAAUCAGAUCAGGAAUCAGAGUAAAUUUACCUCACAGUGAAAGAUGAUAUUGUACAUGUGAUAAUAUUACUGUGAAAUAUAAAUACUCACCAUUUUCAUGCAAGAAAAGUCACAAAGGUCUUAUUACAGUGUAACUACACAGUACAGUCUACACCACAGCGAAUACUAUGAAAGAAUAUGUAGUAUGUUGUAAUUUAUAAUAAAUGAUUUUUUUUCCUUAUAUAAUUAUUGUGAAAGGACAUUAAAUAUGGUGAACUUGUUGCCCCUGAUCAGAAUAUCCACAGUCAGAGUGAUGAUCCACAGGGAUCACCCAGCACUGAUAACCAAUCUGCAAAGGCCCCUAAGAUCAUAUGAAUUCAACAACUUCAACAAAGGACAACUGCAUUAAUGCUGAUUUCUUGGACUCGUCAUAUCUUCUCAUGUCUGAUUAACUGGGCUGUGAGUAAAGAUUGUACUUUUUAUAUCAAACCUUGGUCUUCUGUGGGUUCUCUGCACGUAAGUCUGAAUACUCUUCAGAGUGACAGAAGUUCAAAUUGGAAGUAAAACAUGAAACAAAAUAACAAUUCAACAUGACUCAGUCAAAGUUUUGCAGUUAUGGAUUUUAUUCAAUGGUUUACUGACAUUAUGUAUGACAUUAAUAACUAAUUACUGUUACCACUAUAUCAGUUAAGUGGAAACACGCUACUCCUCCUGAUAUGAUAGACUGUGAAAACCAUUUUG